GGGAGGUGGGACGGCUGGAUUCUUCCGUGUGCCACGGUCUCUUUUUCGGGCUUGCCGCUCCUGCCUCUCCGGGGCUGCAUUGCCAGCGUUAGCUGCGCGAGGGGAAGGGACGGGACAGACGGAGCGUGCGUGCACGGUGAUCCUGACAGUCCCAGCAGUUCCUCUCGCGCGGGGUGGGCGGUGGGGGUCAGCAGCAGUCGGGGUGGCUCUAGACGGCGCCAUGUCGGCGGGCGGCCCGUGCCCGGCAGGAGCCGGAGGGGGCCCAGGGAGCGCCUCUUGCGCCGUGGGGGUCUCUCCGGGUGGGGUAUCCAUGUUCCGGUGGCUGGAGGUGCUGGAGAAGGAGUUCGACAAGGCCUUCGUAGAUGUGGAUCUGCUGCUAGGCGAGAUCGAUCCGGACCAGGCGGACAUCACUUAUGAGGGGAGACAGAAGAUGACCAGCCUGAGCUCUUGUUUUGCGCAGCUUUGCCACAAAGCCCAAACUGUGUCCCAAAUCAACCACAAGCUAGAGGCACAGUUGGUGGAUCUGAGAUCUGAACUGACAGAGACCCAAGCAGAGAAGGUUGUACUGGAGAAAGAAGUACAUGAGCAGCUUUUACAGUUGCACUCUAUUCAGCUUCAGCUUCAUGCCAAAACUGGCCAAAGUGUCGACUCUGGUACCAUUAAGGCAAAAUUGUCUGUCCCCUCUGUGGAGGAGCUGGAGAGAGAGCUUGAAGCAAACAAAAAAGAAAAAAUGAAAGAAGCUCAACUGGAAGCUGAAGUGAAGUUGCUGAGAAAAGAGAACGAAGCCCUUCGUAGACAUAUAGCUGUUCUCCAGGCUGAAGUUUAUGGGGCAAGACUGGCCACCAAGUACCUGGAUAAGGAACUGGCAGGAAGGGUCCAACAAAUACAGUUACUAGGACGAGAUAUGAAGGGACCCGCUCAUGAUAAGCUUUGGAACCAACUGGAAGCUGAAAUACAUUUGCAUCGUCACAAAACUGUCAUCAGAGCCUGUAGGGGACGCAAUGACCUGAAACGACCUAUGCAGGCGCCACCAGGCCACGAUCAAGAUUCUUUAAAGAAAAGCCAAGGUGUUGGUCCAAUUAGAAAAGUUCUUCUCCUUAAGGAAGAUCAUGAGGGCCUCGGCAUUUCAAUUACAGGUGGGAAAGAACAUGGUGUUCCCAUCCUUAUUUCUGAGAUCCACCCAGGGCAACCUGCUGAUAGAUGUGGAGGGCUACAUGUUGGAGAUGCUAUUUUGGCUGUUAAUGGCGUUAACCUAAGGGACACAAAGCAUAAAGAAGCUGUAACCAUUCUUUCCCAGCAGAGAGGGGAGAUUGAAUUUGAGGUGGUGUAUGUGGCUCCUGAAGUGGAUUCUGAUGAUGAAAAUGUGGAGUAUGAAGAUGAGAGCGGACAUCGUUACCGCUUGUACCUUGAUGAGUUAGAAGCAGGCAGUAAUCCUGGUGCUAGUUGCAAAGACACAAGCGGGGAAAUCAAAGUGCUACAAGGAUUUAAUAAGAAGGCAGUAACUGAUGGACAUGAAAAUGGAGACCUAGAAACUUCGAGUGAAACUCCGCUAGAGGACAGUGCUUCUAAAUUAGAUGAUCUGCACAGUCGUCUGUAUCAUAAAAAAUCUUAUUAAAUUGACUGUAUCCCCAGACAGGAUUAUUAGUCAGACUGUUCUGAAUUGGGGGCACUAGGGAAGACAGUGACAAAGACUGUAAGACCAAGGGAGGCUGUUUGUUGCCUAAAUGAAAGGCAGGUACCUCAGGGCUUGGUGUGAGCAAAUCUAAAUGCAUAACUUCGUUUUCUGUGGUAUACCAUAAUCAGCUAUUGCAUGUAAAGCAGUUUUGAUUUUCUUAAAACUUGUAAAGCACCAAAGCAUGUAUUUCCCGAAGGGAUAUUACUAGGCUCUUAAGUACCAAAUGAAACACUACUGUUUUAUUUGGUUCCUUUUCCAAUUAGUAGAAGGAGUGCUAACCGGUAUUUUAUAAAAAACAGCCUUUAAGUACAAGAGAAUAAAUGAAUUCAUAUUAUAUAUUCCACAAUGUUAAGUGUGGUGUUUCAAAGUACAGAACUUGACUCAAUGAAUUGCAGAAAUGUAGGUUUGACUUAAUUUUUUUAAAACUGAAAGAAUGGUUUUAGGUUUUUUUUUAAAAAUGUAUUUUGCAUCCUGAUAUCUAAAUCAGUUCUUAAUGAUCAUUUAUUGUAAUGAGUUUGCCUUUCAGCUUUAUUCAGUGCAGUACAAAAUAAUUUUCUUAUCAAUCAGUGCUGCACUAGAAAUAGUUUCUGAAAAGUUAUUGUACAUGGCACGUUUCAGGUUUUUAAAAGAAAUGCAGAUGAGUGGAAAGUAUCUGUCCUCAAUUAUGUUGAUCUAUGUGCAUGGUGUGAGCAUUAAUUACAUUAUUAAUGUUUAGUCUCAAAUGCUUUUUUUCUGGGAUCCAUAAGAGAUGGUUUUAUACAUUUUGAGUUGUUCAUCAAGUUUGUCUUGAUGUGAUAGUCCUGGCACUUAAAGAUACAUUUUUCUGGCAGUAAAAGCUCAAAUUUAUUACUAUGUCAACAAAAUACAUUGCAUUCAAACAGCAGUUUUCUCUCAAAGUAACUGAUUUGCCAGUCAUCUAAAAGGCUGAGGCACUGGUAGAAAAGAUAAGAUGGAGACAUUUUGAUACAGUAAUUGUUCUGGUUGGCUUUUCAUGUCUGUGUAUGUUUGACUAAAGUGCUUUUUCAGAUGCAACCUACAGAUUUGGUAGUUCUCUUAUCCCAGGACUAAGCAUGGAGUAUCUGCUCUUUUACUUACUGUUCAGCAGGCCACUGCACCGUGCUGGGGAAAGUGAAAAUAUUGCAUUUAAAGAGGUGAUAUUUUUGCCAGUAUCACUGUUUUAAGGGAUAUAUAUGUAAGGGAAUAUUAAGUGGGGGAAAGCCUACAAGGCUUUUAGAGUAUUAUCAGUUCUUCAUUUCUAAUAUUCAAAUACUGUGUGAUAUAAUAUACAUUUUCUUGUCUUUCCUAGAUGUACUAUAUAUUUGUUCAUAGGUAAAUCUGUAAAAUGUAUAUACUUUAUUUGGUGGUUUUGCUAUUUAUAAAUUUUAUGUUUUAACUUGCUCCUUUAUGGUUUGUUUUGGGUGGUUUUAUUCAUCUGUAUAUCGCCAUGUUAAUUUGUAAUAGAAAUGCACUUCAUAGUAUAUAUCAUUACUGAUAUUAAAAUACCUUGUAGGAUAACUUGCCUCUAAGCAGAAGUUAGUAUUUAAUUGCACAAUUGAAUAAGCAAGCUACAUGUUAUUGUUUGCUCCUGACAUGCUAGGCUAGGCCUCUUAAAAGAAAACAGUGUUUUUUCCUUAUACAUUCCCCCUACUCCAAACACAUACCCCCUGUGCAUGACAGGAGAUCUGCAAACUGGAUUUUAACCAGUGUAUUCAUUUAGUCAAAAAAAAUUACAUUAUAGCAUAUCUGAAAACUUUUUUGUUGUGACUUGAAACCAUGUUAUUUUUAUCUUUUUAAAACAGAGUUUUAAAUGGGAUGACUAAGGCAUUUUUUUUUCAGAGAAUAUCCUUUAUCUGCUAUGAUUGAAAUCUUAGGAAAUAUUAGCUAAAACCUUUUGAUUUUCAAAACCUAUCUAAUAAGUCUAUAAAGAAUUUUUUUAGACCCUUGAAUUGGCGAAUCUGUGAGGAUGCUGUGUAAUAUAAAGGAUUGUGUGAAAUGGUUAAACAUAACUCCUUUCAAGGGCUGAUAAGCAGAAUGAAAAUUUUACUGGUAGUUUAAAAUUUCAAACUGCACAGGUCAGUUCCCUUUUCCUUCAUGCUUCACCUUGGUUUGCAAUCCUGCGUGAGAGCACUGUUGCCCAGAUGCUGUGAGCUUCCUGUUAGGUGUUUAGAAAGUACCCAGUUAAAAGUCCAUUUUGGACUAUAUGAUCUUUGGGGGAUGAACUAAGAAUUACAGACUUUUUCCAAAGGACUGAAUGAGAAGCAUUUUUUAUAUUUUCACAUUUAUAGGAAAGAAACUUACAACACUCAAGCUUCUAGGACAAAACCCAACAGAUAAGGAGGGAAUUGUUGCAAAGUCAUUACAGUUAAAAAGGG